CUGGGUCAGCUCAGGACCAAUGAAAGCACAGUUGACGUGAUGUUCUCCGCCCUUUUUCUGAAAUAAUCCAAUUAUUUUAGAGAAUCUUAAGAGGAAAAUUUCUCACGUCCAAUCAACAAUCCCAUUUUAUCAACAAACUCGUUGCAAGGAGUGGACGACAAUUUUCCAUCUGUUACCUCGAUCUAAAGGAAAAUACAAAAGCGUACGGAAUUUGUUCACCACUCGUGUUCAUUUUAAGGGCUUUGUAGUUGUAUGGGCUUUUCGAGGUGGUAGCAAGCUUACUGUCUUCAGGCCCCAUGUCUUUUCUGCGUUGGGUGUCGGAGAAACUAAGUGUGGAGAGCCUGAGGGACUUGGAGUUAUUUGGAGAGCAAGCUCAGGCAAGCCCACACAGGAAAGCCCAUGAAGACAGCCAAGAAUCCCUGACCUCUCUCCCACAAAGGGACACCAUGGGAAGCUUCCUGCCUGACAGCAGCUCUUAUGAGCUCCUCACCAUCAUAGGUCGAGGUCUAGAGGAUUUGAUGACGGUGAAUCUAGCCAGAUAUAAACCCACAGGAGAACAUGUGGCCGUCAGACGUAUUGACUUGGAGGCUUGCACCAACGACAUGGUCAAUUACCUACAAGGGGAACUUCAUGUUUCCAAGCUGUUCCACCAUCCCAGCAUUCUCCCUUACAGGAGCAUCUUCAUAGUGGAGAAUGAACUGUGGGUGAUUACUCCGUUCAUGGCCUAUGGCUCUGCAAGAGAUUUACUCAACAUCCACUUCAAGGAUGGCCUGAGUGAGCUGACCAUUGCUUACAUUCUGCUGGGUGUUCUUAAAGCCCUUGACUACAUCCAUCAUAUGGGCUACGUCCACCGUAGUGUGAAGGCCAGCCACGUGCUGAUCUCUGCAGACGGCCAGGUGUACCUGUCUGGCCUGAGGAGCAUCUUCAGCCUGAUCCGCAAUGGCCAGAGAGCACGUGUCGUCCAUGACUUCCCCCAGUACAGCAUCAACGUCCUGCCCUGGCUCAGCCCAGAGGUCCUACAGCAGAACCUGCAAGGAUAUGACUUUCGUUCUGACAUCUACAGCCUUGGCAUCACAGCGUGCGAGUUGGCCAAUGGCCAUGUGCCCUUCAAAGACAUGCCAGCCACUCAGAUGCUUUUGGAGAAGCUGAACGGCACGGUGCCCUGCCUCUUGGACACCACGACCAUCCCCCCGGAGGAGUUGAACAUGAAGCCCUCGCACUCAGGUGCCGACUCGGGCAUCUGUGAGGGUCCUGGGGGUGGAGUGGCCCGGCACGCCAACGGUGAGCCCUCUGCCGCCUCGGGGGGUCACCCUUACAGCCGGACCUUCAGCCCCCUCUUCCACGGUUUUGUGGAGCUCUGUCUGCAGAGGGACCCCGAGAAAAGACCCUCUGCAAGUAUACUUAUUGGUCACCCCUUCAUCAAACAGAUCAAGCGGCGUCCCUCAGAGGCUCUCCCUGACCUGCUGCGGCCCAUCUCCCCCAUCACCAGCUACGAGUUCACCCAGCAGCAGGACUCGCCCUCGGGCCUGGCCAGCUUGGAGUCUGGCCUCAGCCAGCUGGACGUGGACGACUGGGACUUCUGACUACAAGGGAGAAGCAGGGAGGAGGAAUGAAGAAAACGGAACAGGAUGUGAGCGGUGCUGGACGGAAGGUGCGCUUUGGUGCGGUGCACAGUUCCCGAACUUGGACUUAUUGGGCGUUUGUCCCCUAUUGUGUGUCUCUUGAACACCCCUUGUAAAUUGGAACCGACAAUGGUGUUUUGUCUCCUCGCGUGAACAGCUUCACCAGCCAAGCUGGUCCUGCUGUCUUACUCUGACUCCUUUAAAGUGAAGAAACCUUGUCUUUUCACACACAUGGGUUGCCAUUUCUUGAGAAGCCCACACCAGUCAUACUUAAUGAUAAGGAUUAGGACAAGAAGGGAUUGAUGACGCUGUAUUUAGGCCAUAGGGAUGUUUGAAGUGUGAUGUUUUCCUACAAGGUAAAACUGAACUGAGUGAGAGGGAUCCAGAUUUUGACUUGACUUUUCUCUUCGUUGAUUGGUGGUGGUGUUACUGGAUCUUUAGCAUGCUUGCAUUGUGGAAGAGUGCACAACUGUCAAUCCAUUCAUUAGUUUUGUCCAAUCACAGCAUUACAUAGGCAAUGACUGAACAAUCACCUCAUCUUACCAGCAGAAUCUGAACCAGUGAAUGACCAGGUGAGUGAAUGCCAUCAAAUGGACUUUGACACAAGGGCAGGAGUCCAUGACCCGAUGCUUAAUUUCAGCAAUUUGAUGUGAAUGACUGAUGGAAGUAAAGUUCUUGAGUGCACUCAAGUCUGCAAAUGGUUUGCGCUGAACUGGGAUAAUUUCAAAAGCCUUGUUGAACACAGCAGUAGUUUAGAUAUAGGUUUGUCUUUGAGGAGCUUCUGUUGCACCUGCUACUAUUAACGUGUCCAUUUACCAACUGAAUGUUACAGCAGUGUUGCUUUGAUCUUUGUUGUGUCUUCUUGCUGUCUGCAUGGAUGAGAGUGGUACAUUUAUUUUUCUUGAAUUCUGCACCUCUCAACCUCAGGACUUUGGAUUGUAUAUUGUUGACAUGC